AUGGAAAUUAUCAGAGGAAGUUUAGAUGCCAUAUCGCGGCCUGCAUCAAGCGAGCAGACAUGCAGCCGUGCGUCCAGCAGCUUCUUACGUCAUCAUAGAGAAAGAGUUGGUCCUCCUACACCCAUUGAACUUGUUGUUUUGUCCAACGACCCUGUUGAUAUUCAGAGCUGCUCCAAAGAAUCUACAGAUAAGCUUUCGUCCACAGCAAAAGAAGAGCUUCCUUCAGAGCAAACACACUCAGAGGCCGCAGAGGAUGAGAAUGAGGAUUUGGAGCUUCAAAGAGCUUUUGAAGAAAUGAGAAGACUUGAUGAGGUUCUGUCUGCAGAAAUCUCCAAGGAAAAAGAAAUCAGGCGUCAAAGGAAAGAGCUUCAAGCUGAACUCUGGCAAGGACUCCUGAAAGAAACGAGCCACUCUGCAUGUGCUUUUGAAGCUUUGAACACAAAGCAUUUUUUGGCUUUAGAAGCUCACACAGGGACAGCAGAAGAAAACUUUGCACGCCUCUUUGAAACUCAGGUUCCUGACUGUGAGCAGGAUGAAGACAACCUGUGCUUUGAGCAAAGUGAAAACAGACCAGACAGCUCCACUGAAUCAAUAGAAGUCACUGGUGAAGACGCUGAAGACGACCUGCUUAAAGGCAGUAAAUGUUUCAAAAGCAAGAAUAAGCAGAAAAACUUCAUCAGGAGGAACAUUGAGCUAGUAAGUGGUGAGGUGGGCCAAGUGCGUUUGACCCCUGCAGAGAAAGAGCGUCUGACUAAUCUCCUCCGGGAAUUAGAUGAAGAGGAAGAGGACAGCGCUGAAGGCGCAGACAGAGAGUCUUCGUGGGCUGCGUCAGUCUUUACAGAUCAUGUCUACACCCCAGAACCCUCUGAUCUGGAGCAGCUGAUAAAGAUUGACUCUAAAAUUUGCCUUCUUCCUGCUGAUGACUUCAACUCCCUGCAAAGUUCUUACACAAGCUUAAGCACAUCUCAGGUCCUCGGCUCCGAGAUUGUCUGGAAGUGCGAUAGGGACCGGCAGCCAGGAGAGAAGGUCCUGCAGGAUAUAAAGGAGAGGAGAGAGCAGGAGCGGCGGCUCCGGGAAAUCCAGCAGCAGCUGGAGCUUCUGGGCCUCAGCCAGGAGAUGACUAAAGAAGCACCAGAUCUUACAGAUGAGCAGUUGCUUCGCCUGCUGGAUGAAUGUGAGCUGACAGAGAGCUGGAUCUCAGAUCAUCAGAGGAAUGAAGCAACAUCAUGGGACAGUUAA